AUGGUUAUUCUGCGAUUCAGGAGCGGCUCCAUUGUGACAGAUAGUGUCCUUGAAUUUGACAAUAAUGGCACUCGCCCUAAUGUGUCAGAAGUGACAAACACCUUCGUUCAGGCAGCUACAAAUGGAAAUUUCAACUUCACAGUUGAUACAAACUCCAUCAAUAUUACAGAACUUGCUGCAUCUCCAAAUAACACCAACAUCACAUCUGCAUCUCCAAAUAACAUCAACAUCACAACUGCAUCUCCAAAUAGAACCAACAUCACAACUGCAUCUCCAAAUAACACCAACAUCACAACUGCAUCUCCAAAUAACAUCAACAUCAAAACUGCAUCUCCAAAUAACACCAACAUCACAACUGCAUCUCCAAACAGAAUCAACAUCACAACUGCAUCUCCAAAUAGAACCAACAUCACAACUGCAUCUACUAUUAGCACCACCACUUCAACUGCAUCUACUAUUAGCACCACCACUUCAACUCCACCUGUUACAAAGUUUAAUGUAAUUUUCAGCAUUAGUGAAACAUUCAAUGCUGUCUACUCGAAUUUGAACGAUCCUGAAACCAUAAAGCUGAAAGAUCGCAUCACCACUGAGGUUUUCAAAGUUUACAAGAUCCGUUUUCCAAACUUUGUUCGCAUGGUUAUUCUGCAAUUCAGGAGCGGCUCCAUUGUGACAGAUAGUGUCCUUGAAUUUGACAAUAAUGGCACUCGCCCUAAUGUGUCAGAAGUGACAAACACCUUUGUUCAGGCAGCUACAAAUGGAAAUUUUAACUUCACAGUUGAUACAAACUCCAUCAAUAUUACAGAACUUGCUGGUCAGUAUGUGGUUGCAGAUUUACAGAGCGGCUCCAUUGUGACAGAUAGUGUCCUUGAAUUUAACAACAAUGGCACUAUCCCUAAUGUGUCAGAAGUGACAAAAACCUUCGUUCAGGCAGCUACAAAUGGAAAUUUCAACUUCACAGUUGAUACAAACUCCAUCAAUAUUACAGAACUUGCUGUAACCCAGAAUGAGACCUCAAAUACAACAUUCACUAGCAGCAUCACAACUGCAUCUCCAAAUAACAACAGCAUCACAACUUUAUCUCCUAUUAACACCGACAUCACAGCUGCAUCUCCAAAUAACACCAACAUCACAACUGCAUCUCCAAAUAACAGCAACAUCACAACUGCAUCUCCAAAUAACACCAACAUCACAACUGCAUCUCCAAAUAACACCAACAUCACAACUGCAUCUCCAAAUAACACCAUCACAACUGCAUCUCCUAUUAACACCAACAUCACAACUGUAUCUCCAAAUAAUAGCAACAUCACAACUGCGUCUCCAAAUAACAGCAACAUCACAACUGCAUCUCCAAUUAACAGCAACAUCACAACUGCAUCUCUGAAUAGAACCAACAUCACAACUGCAUCUCCAAAUAACACCAACAUCACAACUGCAUCUCCUAAUAACAGCAACAUCACAACUGCCUCUCCAAAUAACAACAACAUCACAACUGCAUCUCCAAAUAACAGCAACAUCACAACUGCCUCUCCAUAUAACAACAACAUCACAACUGCAUCUCCUAAUAACACCAACAUCACAACUGCAUCUCCGAAUAGAACCAACAUCACAACUGCAUUGCCAAAUAGAAUCAACAUCACAACAACAUCUCUGAAUAGAACCAACAUCACAACUGCAUCUCUAAAUAACAGCAACAUCACAACUUCAUCUCCAAAUAGAACCAACAUCACAACUGCCUCUCUGAAUAGAACCAACAUCACAACUGCAUCUCUAAAUAACAGCAACAUCACAACUUCAUCUCCACAUAGAACCAACAUCACAUCUGCAUCUCCACAUAGAACCAACAUCACAACUGCAUCUCCAAAUAGAACCAACAUCACAACUGCAUCUCCAAAUAGAACCAACAUCACAACUACAUCUGCUAUUAGCACCACCACUUCAACUGCAUCUACUAUUAGCACCACAACUGCACCUGUUACAAUCUUUAAUAUAAUUUUCAGCAUUAGUGAAACAUUCAAUGCUGUCUACUCAAAUUUGAACGAUCCUGAAACCAUUAAGCUGAAAGAUCGCAUCACCACUGGGGUUUUCAAAGUUUACAAGAUCCGUUUUCCAAACUUUGUUCGCAUGGUUAUUCUGCAAUUCAGGAGCGGCUCCAUUGUGACAGAUGGUGUCCUUGAAUUUGACAACAAUGUCACUCGCCCUAAUGUGUCAGAAGUUAAAGGCACCUUCGUUCAGGCAGCUACAAAUGGAAAUUUCAACUUCACAGUUGAUACAAACUCUGUCAAUGUUUCAGAACUUGCUGGUCAGUAUGUGCUUGCAGAUUUACACAGCAUCACAACUGCAUCUACUAUUAGCACCACCACUUCAACUGCACCUGUUACAAAGUUUAAUGUAAUUUUCAGCAUUAGUGAAACAUUCAAUGCUGUCUACUCAAAUUUGAACGAUCCUGAAACCAUAAAGCUGAAAGAUCGCAUCACCACUGAGGUUUUCAAAGUUUACAAGAUCCGUUUUCCAAACUUUAUUCGCAUGGUUAUUCUGCGAUUCAGGAGCGGCUCCAUUGUGACAGAUAGUGUCCUUGAAUUUGACAAUAAUGGCACUCGCCCUAAUGUUUCAGAAGUUAAAGACACCUUCGUUCAGGGAGCUACAAAUGGAAAUUUCAGCUUCACAGUUGAUCUGAAAUCUGUCAAUGUUUCAGAACUUGCUGUCUCUAGCAACACCACAACUGCAUCUCCAAGUAGCACCAACACCACAACUGCAUCUCCAAGUAGCACCAGUAUCACAACUGCACCUGUUAAACAGUUUGGCGUAACAUUCAAAAUUAUGAAAACAUUCCUGAAUGUCUACUCCGAUAUGAGCGCCAUUGAAACCAUACAGCUGGCAAAUACCAUAACCUCUCAGAUUAUGCAAGUUUACAGGGUCCGUUUUGUGAACUUCCUUCGUAUGUUUAUUCUUCAAUUCAGGAGCGGCUCCAUUGUGACAGAUGGUGUCUUUGAAUUUCACAGCAGUGGCACUAUCCCUAAUGUGACUGAAGUGGCAAGAACUCUUGUUCAGGCAGUUAAAGAUGGAAAUUUCACCUUCACAAUUGAUGUUAACUCCAUCAACGUUACAGACUCUUCAGGGAACACUUCUUCCAGGUCUCCAGUCUUGGCCAGUAUGCUCACAGCUUUGUGGAUGACCCUCACAUCACUUCUAUUGUCAGCUGUAAUGCACCUCUAAGCAUCACAUUCACACAAAGAAACAAACAAAUCACAUUUACUCAUUUAAAUGUACCAAUACAGACGAUCAUGUCAUCUUUGAUCUUUUAGUUUCUAUGCUACAAUUUAUAACUGGCUUUGUUAUGCAAGAUUGUAAAUGGAUUGAAAAUAUGAUAUUUACUGCUUAUUUAAAGCCAAUGUGAAAUUGAAACUUCCUUUCUUAAUGCACAUUUCUGGCAUUAUUUUUGAACUAUUUAUCCAUACAUGGCAUUCCAAAGAAAUACAUUAUUGAUCUUCAUAUUCUUUAAUCAAAAUAUAAUAGCUUGUUUUGCCUCUAUUGGAUGUGGAGAAAGGAGGAAUAAGGUCACAACUGUGUUCGAGGCAUUUCACUCGUGAAUGCUUCCAAACUUUUUGUCAAGACAAAAUUGGGAUUGCUGGCAUAUUCCAUGUACUACAAUA